GUUGUGUAAGCAGUGCUGUGUUCCACUUCAGUAAUGGGGGAAAUGAUUUCUAUAUAACUUGGAAAGUAUUUGGAGAUUUAGAGAAAUAUAAACGGAUCUUAGCCUUGGCCUGAAAGCUGCAAUCCAUCGAUGUACUGUAAGAUCAUAGGAAAAUGCCACAAGAUUUAGGGCCUGAGUUAGAUCUUAGUUACACUUGCUGUAAAUCUGGAGUAACUCCACUGAGGUUACUUGGAAUUUACACUUGUACAGCUGAGAUCACUGGGCCCGACACUCAGUAACUGUCGAAGUCAGUGAAAUCACACCAGUAUCAAAUUGGUGUGAGAAGAGAAUUGUGCCCAGAGCCUAGCAUGUAACUUACACCAUGGCUGAGGUCACUGGCGGUCUCAGUCCUUUGGCUUUUAUGUGAGGCUUUAAAUUCUAUUUGCUGUAGGAAAAGGAAGAAAAGCCCUUUUAUGUUCAGGGACAUUCUGUAAUUUCCUCCCGAGAUGGUGAAAUUCCAUCUUGGGCAAAACUUCCUUCUCCUUUUCAUUUACUUCUAGCUAGGAACUUUCCAUGCAUAUUGGGCUCCUACUGUCUAUUUACCAAAGAUCCAGGAUGCUCCGCAGAAAGAUGAGCCUGAGGAUUCUCUUUCUCUUAGCUGGCUCUUUGGCAGGUCCCAGCCUAACUCCCGCCCCACUUUUUUACCUGGACAUGUCUUCCGACCCUCCUGCCCGAGGAGACUCCGCCAGGCUCGUGUGCAUCGCGCCGAAAGCCUAUGUGGACAGCGAGUUCUGGUUGCUGAAGACAGAUCUGGCUCAGCCUGUACAGACGCUGUUUGCCUCGGAGGCCCAGCACCGUGUCACUUUCAUCCUGGAGAACAUCACCAGGAAGGACGCCGGGCAGUACCGGUGCAAGUACCACAGCUACAACGGGAGUGCCAGGCAGAUGUCAGAGUUCAGCAAUAUAGUGGAGAUCGCGGUGGCAGCAACUCCGACGGCCCCUCCUCCAGUUUCCGUGGCUGCUCCAGAAGGUUCCCCGUGGCUGCUCCCUGUGUCCCUCAGCGUGGCUGGAGCUUUGCUUCUGACCGUGGGCCUAGUGGUAGCAGUCGUGGCAGUCAGGCGAGGUACGAGGAAUGCAGAAACUGGAUCCUGGGCUGCCUGUGUUAACGUCAGAAGACAACAGCUGAAAAGGGAUCGGGAAUCGUGCUGGACAGAAACGAACUUUCCCACAACAGACAUGUCGUUCGAUAACUGUCUGUUCACCGUCUCGGUGAAAAUGGACCUGGAAGCCACAGGCAGCCAAGAUGCCUACAUCUCCCCAGGCUCCAGAAAAAGACUCAGCUCAGCUUCCUCUCUGGGAACCAACAGCUUCAGCACAUUCAAGUCCUUGCAAUGAUGGCCCGGGUUGAGGCCGGCCCCAGAUGCUCCAGCUAGUGACCCUGGCCCCAGGCCCGGCCCUGCCCUUAGUUCUUCCUUGGGCUCAGUGUCUCCCCCAGAACGAAGCAUCUGCCAGAGGGGCUGUUACUGGGGUGUGAUUAUACGUCUUCUUCAUUGGGAGGAGAAUGAGCUUCAGUUAAGCCUUGUGGCCCGCUGUGUGCCUCCAGGGCCACGUGACAUGGGCACCAUGAAAGGACACCCAGAAUCUAGUCUACCUCCCGCAUCGUGAGCAGCAUCACCUGCUCAGCCUUGGCAGCUGCAUUGAUCCCUGGGGCUGAUGCUGGAAGCAGGAAGAGCCCAGCUAGAGUUGCAUGUGGUGGGAGCAGGAUUUGUGUGGCUGGCAGUGGAUUCUUCCAUUGUAGCCAGAAUGACAUUCACACCAGCCAGCCACCCCUUUCUACCCCUCCACAAUCCCCUUCCUCCAAGCAGUGCUUCCCCAGGAUGACCCGAGAUGGGGGGAGAGCCAAAGACUCCAUAAAGCCCACUGCUAUGAAGGCUUUUGGCAGGCUAUUGUACACUGAAGGUGCUCCUGGAUUGUGGUGAUGAGCAGCUGCUCUAAACCUGAGAUGGACAGAGGAUGCAGAUAGGGAUGGAUGGAUAGAUAGAGGAGUGUGUCUGUGGAUGGAUGGCUGGGGAUGGACGGGUGUGGCUGGGGAUGGACAUAUGGGGACGGAUAGAUGGGUGCGUGGGAGUGGGGAUGGAUGGAUGGAUAUGCGGCUGUGUCUGGGGAUGGACAGUUGGAUUUGCACACCAAACACAUUUCAUCUGGAAUCACCAAGAGAGAAUGAGCGUGGAAGCCCCAAAGGAACUGCUUUCCCACCUAACUGCCCCCAACGCUAACUCCCUCUUCUUUUGCCUGUGACUUUCACCGAGGGGGCCGUUCAGAAUGUUUAUACGUUUGCUUUUUGUUUCUGUAGGAAGUGAGUGUGGUCUAGCAAUUAGAGCAGAGAGCCAGGACUCCUGGGUUCUAUCCCCAGCUUGCGAUGUGACCUUAGGAAAGUCUCUUCUCCUCUCUGUGACUCAGUUUCCCUAUCUGUAAAAGGGAUGAUAAUUCCCCCCCUUGAGGAUUGCUUCCCAGGCUCUUUGAAGAUAUUAAGCCCGGAGUAUUACAGUGGCUCCAGCUGCCACUGGAAACUGUAAGGUCAUUUUCUGAUUCAAUAAAGAUGUAAAUUUGUUGUU